AUGUACGACACCUGCCCACCAUGGGCCUCAUUCUUCGGCUUUGCCGGUGUCGCUAGUGCUAUGAUCUUCACGACCAUUGGCGCGGCGUAUGGCACCGCCAAGGCCGGCAUCGGAAUCGCGGGUGUGGGACAGGCCAAGCCUGAGCUGGUCAUGAAGUCGCUCAUCCCUGUUGUUAUGUCUGGUAUUAUCGCCGUCUACGGCCUCGUCGUCGCCGUCCUGAUCUCUGGCUCGAUCUCCCCCACUGAGCCCUAUGGACUGUACGACGGUUUCAUCCACCUCGGAGCAGGUUUGGCGUGCGGCGUCACGGGUCUCGCUGCGGGAUAUGCGAUCGGCAUUGUUGGCGACGCGUGCGUCCGCGCAUACAUCCACGAGUCGCGCGUGUUCGUGUCCAUGGUCCUCAUCCUUAUCUUUGCCGAGGUCCUCGGUCUGUAUGGCCUCAUCGUUGCCCUCAUCCUCAACGCGAAUGUGCCUUCCCCCGCGCUCUGCGUCAAGGCGUAG